AGUCUAGCGCGUGUUUAAGCAAUGCGGGCCGGGCGGGCGUAUAUGUGUAGCGCUGGACGCUGGAUAGAAAACAAGGAAAUGGCGGACCUGGAGUCGUUCGAACACGACAAAUCCAAAAGAACAACAGACCCAACGGUAAUCAUGGACUAGACUGGAUAUGAUAUCGACGCCUUUUAUUGUAAGAAAUGACAUAAAACAACAACCAGCGACCGGUUAUGUUGUUUAGAGGUCGCCCCUGCUGUCCGAGUCGCCCGUCCAGCAUCUAAUAUACCCCUGGCGGGGUUUCAGUAGUCCGCCAGACUCGGCUGUUGCUGGAAGUGUGUCGUCGUUGGCUGCUGGGCGCUAAAAUAAUUCAAAAGAAAUCAACUGGACAUGUCGAUGGACGACGGCCAGCAUUCACGGCGCAGGCGAUUGAUGCAUUUCCCGUGCCUGCUCUUUUUGCAGGCCGUCCUGAUCGUCCUGUUUGGCUUUUUCGUCGAGUACGACUCGCCGGCCGAGCCGGCCGUUGGCGGUCACAAGACCCCCGUCUCCCAGGAAGGCGCCGGGAAUAGCAGCGCGGCUGGCAAAAAGACAGCGGAAGGUGCCAGCGGCCAUCACGCUAGCUCGGACAAUGACGUCAACACCCUAGGCCACUACUAUCCCAUGUUCCAGGAUGUUCACGUCAUGAUCUUCAUCGGCUUCGGCUUCUUGAUGACCUUUUUGAAGAAAUACGGCUACAGCGCCGUGGCACUUAAUUUCCUGAUCGCCGCCAUCACUCUGCAAUGGGCGACGCUCUGCCAGGGAUUCUUCCACGGGCUGGAAGGCGCCGGCUCGAUCCACGUCAGCAUCACCAAUUUGUUGAACGCCGAUUUCGCCUCGGCCACCGUUUUGAUUUCCUUCGGCGCCGUCCUCGGCGUCACGACGCCUUUCCAACUGGUCGUCAUGUCACUGAUCGAGAUCAUCAUCUUCGCUGGCAACGAACAUCUCGGACUGGAGAUCUACCAGGUUUCGGAUAUCGGAGCGUCGAUGCUCGUCCAUGUUUUUGGCGCUUAUUUCGGACUGGCCGUCAGUUUCGUGCUGAGGAGGGACCACAGCUCGGACAAGGAAGGACCCACUUACACGUCGGACACGUUCGCCAUGAUCGGCACCAUUUUCUUGUGGUUGUUUUGGCCCAGCUUCAACUCCGGAUUGGCCGAAGGCGACGCCCAGCACCGGGCCGUCAUCAACACGUAUUACUCGCUGGCCGCCUGUUGCGUGACGGCCUUUGCCCUCUCCUCUUUGGUCAGCAAAGAUAAUAAAUUCGACAUGGUUCAUAUUCAAAAUUCGACUCUGGCGGGAGGAGUGGCCAUCGGAACAGCGGCCGACAUGAUGAUCCAUCCAUGGGGAGCGAUGGUGGUCGGAAGUGUUGCCGGAGCUAUUUCCGUUCUGGGCUAUCGGUUCCUUUCGCCUGCCAUGAACAAGAAGCUGGCCAUUCACGACACUUGCGGCGUCCACAAUUUGCACGGGAUGCCGGGCGUGAUGGCCGGCAUCGUCGGUGCCAUCACGGCCGCGAUGGCCACUCAGGAGGAGUACGGCCACAGUUUGUUCCGUCAGUUUCCGGCCAGAGUGCCCGAAUCAAACUCGACGGACUUUGACCAACUGAAAAGCCAAUUCCCCGACAUGGAGCCGGGACUGGGCCGGUCGGCUACCACUCAGGCGGCCUAUCAAAUCUACGCCCUUCUGACAACCCUGGCCCUCGCCAUUGUCGGUGGCCUUCUCACCGGAAUUUUGCUGAAGUUGCCCAUUUUCGACCAAGUGCCCCGUCAUCGGCUGUUUGACGACGAGUUGUCGUGGGAAGUGCCGGAAGGUGAGGAACACGACGAGCACCAGCAAGCCGAGCACGGCCGGAGCAAGCGGAUGGGGCCGAUUGCCGGCUCGGAACCGGUCAUGAUUCCACUCAUGAAUCGAUAACAAUUUAAUAAAAAGAGGCCAAUUGAAUCAAACCUAUGCGCUAACAAUAGGGGAGAAUGCUGUCAUACAAAUGAAACUGCCAA